UGCGCUCCGGGCAGCCCGACGUGUGCCUGGGACGACUCUGAGAUCUCCGCCAGAUCAGCUAGAUAGCCCCAACGGCGGUAUCGGGCGAUCGCGACCUCAGGUCGGGGACCCAGGCAUCUCCGAAAGGACGGGGCGGGCGCCGCGGAUAGAAGCCCCCAAGGCCAUGGGGACCCGGGCCAGGCCAGUUGUCGCUGGCUAACGGGAGCCGCGGGCCUGAGGAGGGGACCGCGGGAGCAGUGGGGGCCAUGACCUCCGUGUGGAAGCGCCUGCAGCGCGUGGGCAAGCGAGCUGCUAAGUUCCAGUUCGUGGCCUGUUACCACGAGCUGGUGUUGGAGUGCACCAAGAAAUGGCAGCCAGACAAGCUGGUGGUGGUGUGGACCCGGCGGAACAGACGCAUCUGCUCCAAGGCCCACAGCUGGCAGCCGGGCAUCCAGAACCCAUACCGGGGCACUGUGGUGUGGAUGGUGCCUGAGAACGUGGAUAUCUCGGUGACCCUGUACAGAGACCCCCAUGUGGACCACUAUGAAGCCAAAGAGUGGACAUUUAUCAUUGAGAGUGAGUCGAAGGGACAGCGGAAGGUGCUGGCCUCAGCCGAGGUGGACCUGGCCCGCCAUGCAGGGCCUGUGCCAGCCCAGGUACCGCUGCGGCUGCGGCUGAAGCCCAAGUCAGUGAAGGUGGUACAGGCGGAGCUGAGCCUCACCCUCUCAGGGGUGCUGCUGCGGGAGGGCCGAGCUACGGAUGAUGACAUGCAGAGUCUGGCCAGCCUCAUGAGCGUGAAGCCGAGUGAUGUGGGAAACUUGGAGGACUUUGCUGAGAGUGACGAGGACGAGGCCAAUGGCUCAGGGGUCCCUGAGGCCGGGGCUCGAGGCUCCCAGCCAGGUCUGGGCAGUGCCCUGAGGCUGGGGCGUUUCCCAGAUCCCUCUCAAGAGCUGAAGACACUUUGUGAGGAGGAUGAGGGCCAAGUACACCCAAGGCAGGCAGAUGCCAGCCCUACUAAAACUGAGGACUCCAGCUCAACCCCUGUGAGUGGCCCUGUGCCCCCGGCCAGGGCCUCCCGGAGCCAGGGAUCAGAACCAGCUAUAAUAGCCGGGGGCCAGGUGGGGCCCCCAGGAACCCCAGCAGAGGCAAGGUCCUCGAGGCAGCCAAGCCAGGACAUGGCCCCCACCCCGGCCCCUCGGCUCCGGAAAGGCUCAGAUGCCCCUCAGUCCCCAGUCCUCCAAGAGGGAAACGAGGUCCCCAAUGCCAUUGCCUCAGAGGCUCCCCCAGCAGGAGUAGGUUCUCCUGGGGAGACCCAGACUGGGACAAGCCCCCAGGAAGGGACAGAAGCCCAGGGAGCCAGGCCUAGCUUGGACACUGCACAUAUGGACUCCAAAGACACCUUGGGAGGGCUGAGACCCAAAGCUGAAGAGAGGGCGACUGGGGACAGGUCAGAGGUUGGUGGGGCAGACAGUGAGCGAGGGGCAGGAGGAGAGCUGAGGACCAAGAGGUCAGGGCGCACAGCUGAGAAGACUCAGGGGAGUCCAGCACGGAGUGGCUUUGAGACCGAGCAGGGACAAGUGGUGAGCCCUGUGGCAGAUACAGGACCAGAGGCUGCGGGGCUUAUGCCUGAGGCAAGAUUCAGGGUGACUCCUGAGGCACCUCCAAGGGGCUCUCAAGGGAAGAUGGGGGUCAGGGUGCAGGAAGAGACUCCCACAGGGCUGAGCUCAUUUCCAGGAGAGCCUGCAGGGUAUUCUGGGUAUCUGGGUGAUCAAAGAGGGGCUAGGGACGCUGCAGGCCAGAAGAGAAAGGAUGUGGAGAUAAGGGACAUAGCCUCUGGUGUUGAGAGGACAGGUCUGGAGCAGGGCCCUUCUGCUGGAUCAGCAAGCACCAGGCCCCAGGUGAGCAGGUUUCAGGGGCUGCCAUCCUCAGCGGAGCUGGGGGCAAGACCUAAGGAUCUGAAGAUCUGGGAGGCAGAAGCUGAGGAGUCAAGAGUCCUGGAAGCAGAAGCUGGACAGGUGGAGUGGGAGGUGUUGGGUAACCAGGAGACAGAAGCAGGGGGAUCAGGGUUUUCAGAGAUAGAGACUAGGCCAGCAGAUACUGAGAUAUUGGGGGUCCAGGGGACAGAGACAGCAAGAUCAGAGGUCUUGGAGUCAGAGGCUGCUGGGCCAGAGGAGUUGGAGGUACUGGGGGCCCAGGAGACAGGGGCUCCAGGAAUGGUGGGAAAAGAGUCUGAGAUAGCAGGCUCUGAAGUAUUGGGGACUCAGAAAAUAGAGACUGGGGGUUCAGCAGUUCUGAGAACAAAGACUGGGGUGGAAGAGCCUGAGAUAUUGGGGGUUGAGGAGAAAGAGGUGGGAGAUUCUGAGGAACCAGAGAUGGAGGGUGGGGAGACAAAGGCUGAAAUCCUGGAGACCCAGGACACAGCAGCCGAGGGAUCAGGGGUUCCAGGGCUAGAAGCUGAGAUGGCAGAGUCUGAGAUUUUGGGGGCCCAGGAAACAGAGGUAGGGGUUUCAGGGAUGCCAGGGACAGAGAAUGGAAUGGCAGAGUCUGAAGUAUUGGAGAUCAAGAGAGUUGACGGUGAAGAUCUGAAAGUUCUGGGCACUAAGACUGGGAUGUUAGAGUCUGAGAUACGGGGAACUCCGGGGGUAUCUGAGGGCUCCACAGUCCUGAAGAUAGAAGCUGAGAUAGUGGAGGCCCAGAGUAUAGAAGUGGGAGGUUCUAGGGUACCAGAUCCAAGGAUUGAGGAGGAAGAGGCUGACAUGUUAGAGACAGAGGAGAUAGCAACUAAGUGCUCAGGGGUGCUGGGGAUAGAAGCUCUGGUGUCCGAGUCUGAGACACUGGGGAGCCACAAGAGAAAGGUUGGGGUUUUGGGGACCCCAGGGGUAGAGAUUGGAACAACAGAAGCUGAGGAGUCUGAGACCCUGGAGACAGAGGUAGAAACUUCAGAGGUUUCAGUGAUGGAAGCAGAAAUAGCAGAAAGUGAGAUACUGGGGACUCAGGAGAUAGUAGGGGGUUUAGGGGUCCCAGGGAUAGAAGCUGAGAAAGCAGAGUUGGAGAAAUCAGAGCCCCAGAAGGCAAAGAUGGAGACCAGGAUGGCACAAACUGAAAUGCUGAGGCCCCAGGAUAUAGCAGCUAAGAGUUCAGAGGGCUCAGGGCCAGAGGCUGAGGUAGUUUGGACCCAAAGGGCAGAAACUACAGUUUUGGAGGCUGAGGAGGUAAAAGUUGAGACUCUGGGGGUCCAGAAAGCAGAGGCUGGAGUUGAGGGGUCUCUCAAUGAUGAGGCUUUAAAGGUCCCAAUCACAAAGCAAAGAGUUUUAAGAUUCCAGGAAGUGGAGGCAGAGGUUCCAGGAAUACAUGGAGCGGAGACUAAAGCUCUGAGAGUCCAGGGAGCAGAAGAUAGGACUUUGGGGGUGUCAGAGGCCAAAUCUAGGGUUUUGGGGAUCCAGAAAUCAGAAAUAGCAGUUUUGGAGUCUACAGAGACUAAAUCUGGUAUUUUUGAGGCCCAGGAAACAGAGGCUGGGGUCUUGGGAACCGAGAAGGGGAAAGAAGCCAAGGGAGGCAUCCCAGAGGCUGGCCUGACUGAGGCACAGGUGGCCAGUGGGGCAGGGGCUGGGGUGCCCAGGCCCUCAGGUGCCUCUUCCCCAGAGGAGCCUGAAGAGGACAGGAGGCUGCCGGGCAGCCAGGCACCACCUGCCCUGGUCAAUUCCAGCCAGUCCCUAUUGGAGUGGUGCCAGGAGGUCACCACUGGCUACCGUGGUGUCCGAAUCACCAAUUUCACCACAUCCUGGCGCAAUGGCCUGGCCUUCUGUGCCAUCCUGCACCGAUUCUAUCCUGACAAGAUUGACUACGCCUCCCUCGACCCACUCAACAUCAAGCAGAACAACAAGCAGGCCUUCGAUGCCUUCGCAGCCCUGGGCGUGUCGCGGCUGCUGGAGCCCGCGGAUAUGGUGCUGCUGUCGGUCCCCGACAAACUUAUCGUCAUGACGUACCUGUGUCAGAUCCGUGCGUUCUGCACCGGCCAGGAGCUGCAGCUUGUGCAGCUGAAGGGCGGUGAUGGCAGCGGCACGUACCGUGUGGGCAGCGCCACACCAAGCCUGCCCGACGGACUGGACGCCGGCAACCUGGCCCAGCGGCUGCGCGAGCGCGGGGCUGAGGCGCCCAAGCAGCCCAAGGAGGCAGCGAGCCGCGCGGAGGACUCCAUCACGGAGGCCGCAGGCAGUGAUGCAGGCUGCGCCCCUAAGGACAGUGACUACGCGGACAAGGCAGUUAGGAAAGCGAGUCCCCCAGGGGUCCCCGCCGCUGACGUCCCCGCAGCCCCAGUUCCCCCAGCGGAGGGGCUGGUAAAUGGGGCCGGAGAGACCGCAGGCACUGGAGGUGUCAGACUGCGACAGCCGUCAGUCAGCGGGGAGGCUGGCCCGGUGCCACCACCUCGUGCUCAUGGGUCCUUCUCCCACGUGCGCGACGCCGAUCUGCUGAAGAAGCGGCGCUCCAGGCUGCGCAACAGCAACUCCUUCUCGGUAGAUGAGCCGGAUGCGGGAGCUGCAGGAAGCACGGCCACAGCAGUGGAAGCCCAGAGUCCGGACCCCAGCCCUGCCCCUGGCCCACCCACAGCCCCAGCCCCACAGCAGCCUCAGGGUGGAAGCCCCACAUUGGAAGAGCCACCUUCAAGUCCAGCGGAGGAGGUUGGAUUGCAACGGUUCCAGGACACAAGUCAGUACGUGUGUGCAGAACUGCAGGCCCUGGAACAGGAGCAGAGGCAGAUAGACAGACGGGCUGCCGAGGUGGAGACGCAGCUGAGGAGCCUCAUGGAGUCAGGUACCAACCGGCUGCAGGAGGAGGUUCUGAUCCAGGAAUGGUUCACACUGGUCAACAAGAAGAAUGCUCUCAUCCGGAGGCAGGACCAGCUGCAGCUGCUCAUCGAGGAGCAGGAUUUGGAGCGUAAGUUCGAGCUGCUGAGCCGGGAGCUGCGUGCCAUGCUGGCCAUCGAAGAUUGGCAGAAAACAGCCACACAGCAACACCGAGAACAGCUACUGCUGGAGGAGCUGGUGUCACUGGUGAACCAGCGUGAUGAGCUGGUCCGGGACCUGGACCAAAAGGAGCGGAUCGCCCUGGAGGAGGAUGAGCGCCUGGCGCGCGGUCUGGAGCAGCGGCGCCGCAAGCUGAGCCGGCAGCUGAGCCGGCGCGAACGAUGCGUACUGAGCUGAGCCUGCCUCGGCCUGCCCUGGCCUGGCCUGGGGACGCCCUCCCUGGGUUGCCCGUAUUUAUUCAUCUGUAUGAGUGUGUGCCGUGCGCGUGCACGCGUGUCUGUGUAUUUGCAGUGCGCUGAGCAGGACCCUUUCCCAGCUCGGAGCCUGGCUGGCUGCCUGGGGAGAGGGACAGUGUGGGGAAGGCACCUGUGCCUCCUCCCCUUCCUGUUCCUCACCAGCCAUAAAGUUGGACAAGGGCACAGCAGCACUGGCCCAUUCUCAGGAUGGCUUGGGCUUCAGUAGACAGAAGAGGGUGGGGCUUAGGCUGAUAAUGGAUUAGGAGGUCACUGCUACUCUAGACCUGGGCAGCCUUGGGGGAUUGAUGGUUCCCAGAUGCCUCCUGAGGAAGGACCUGGGCCUUCUAAGGAUGAUUGCCUGAGUGGAGUCUCAUUUCAAAGGAAGACGUGUAGCUGGGUGUGGUGGUGGACACGUGAAAUCUCAGCUCUGUGAGAGGCUGAGGCAGGAAGACCACCAAGUUCUAGUCCAGCCUAACCAAACUGUGUCUCAGUCCCCAGUACUGAAAAAAACAAGACACAAAAACAAA